AUGAGUGAAAAUGAGGGGGAUCUUCAACAAGAUGGGCCGGAGGCACCCAAACCCUGUGGGGCCAUUUCGGACUUUUUCAUGAGGGAAGCUUCUCCAGGCUGUGACCAGGAAGUCUCCUGUCCGAGGUCAGACCUUCUCUCCCCAGAGACGGAGCCAGAGCAGACUUCUCGCUGCAACUUCCGGAAGCGUAAGGAGACUGUGGUGCACCAGCGAGCAUUCAUGGGAGAGAAGCCCUACAUCUGCAUUGAAUGUGGGCAGAGCUUCAACCGCAGCUCCGACCUGAUCCGCCACCAGAGGAUCCACAGUGGAGAGAGGCCAUACAUGUGUACUGACUGUGGCAAGAGCUUCAGCCGCCGCUCUCACCUCAUCCAGCACCAGCGCAUCCACACAGGUGAGAAACCCUACAAGUGUGCUGACUGCAACAAGUGCUUCAGUGAGAGCUCUAAGCUGGUCAUCCACCAGCGUGUCCACACAGGCGAGAAGCCAUACUUGUGCCCCGACUGUGGAAAGAGUUUCAGCCAGCGCUCGCACCUUGUUCAGCACCGUCGCACCCACACUGGGGAGAAGCCCUACAAAUGUGCCGAGUGUGGGACCUGCUUCAGUGACAACUCUACCCUCAUCCGUCACCGUCGUAUCCACACUGGGGAGAAACCUUUCAAGUGCUCCCGCUGUGGGAAGAGCUUCAGUCGCAAUUCCUAUUUAGUCUCACACCAACAGGUGCAUGUGUG